AUGGCCACCCAGAAUGGAAACACUAGUUUUCCACCCAACUUCAAUCCACCCCAAGACCAUGCCUCCUCCCUCCCCUUCAACUUCAGUUACGGUGAUUACGACUUCCCUCUGGAUGAGGAUGAGGAUAUGACUAAGACACAGACCUUCUUUGCAGCCAAGAUCAUCAUCGGUGUGGCACUGGCAGGCAUCAUGCUGGUUUGUGGCAUUGGCAACUUUGUCUUUAUUGUUGCUCUCGCCCGCUAUAAGAAGCUGCGCAACCUCACCAAUCUGCUCAUCGCUAACCUGGCCAUCUCUGACUUCCUGGUGGCCAUUGUCUGCUGCCCCUUCGAGAUGGACUACUAUGUGGUACGCCAGCUCUCCUGGGAGCAUGGCCACGUGCUCUGUGCCUCUGUCAACUACCUGCGUACUAUGUCACUCUAUGUCUCCACCAAUGCUCUGCUGGCCAUUGCUAUCGACAGAUAUCUCGCUAUCGUUCACCCCUUGAAACCACGGAUGAAUUUUCAAAAGGCCUUCUUCCUGACCGCUUCGGUCUGGGUGGUGUCCAUUCUCAUCGCCAUCCCAUCUGCCUACUUUGCAACAGAAACGGUUCUCUUUAACGUCAAAAAACAGAAGAAGAUCUUCUGCGGCCAGAUCUGGCCAGUGGAUCAGCAGCUCUACUAUAAGUCCUACUUCCUCUUCAUCUUCGGCAUCGAGUUUGUGGGUCCAGUGGUCACCAUGACUCUGUGCUACACCAGGAUCUCAAGGGAACUCUGGUUCAAGGAAGUUCCUGGUUUCCAGACGGAGCAGAUCCGGAAGCGGCUGCGCUGUCGCCGGAAGACAGUUCUGGUGCUCAUGUGUAUCCUCACCGCCUACGUGCUGUGCUGGGCACCCUUCUACGGGUUCACCAUCGUGCGUGACUUUUUUCCCACGGUGUUCGUUAAGGAGAAGCACUACCUCACGGCUUUCUAUGUGGUGGAGUGCAUCGCCAUGAGCAACAGCAUGAUCAACACCGUGUGCUUUGUGACCGUCAAGAACAACACCAUGAAGUACUUCAAGAAGAUGAUGCAGCUCCACUGGCGUCCCUCCCACCAUGGAAGCAAGUCCAGUGCGGAACUCGACCUCAGAAACAGUGGCAUGCCGGCCACGGAAGAGGUGGACUGUAUCAGGCUGAAGUAA